UCUUCUCUUUCCCCCUCCCUCCUAUCGCUCUCUCCCUCUCUCUCUGCAACUCUUUCAGCUUAAAAAUGGCAGACAACAGAUUCUUGAGAAAAAUUUCUACCUCAACCUUCCGAAGUCUCCUUCCCAAGUCGGUUCUAUCAAAGAACAAGAGGAGUUCCAGCCGUGCAAAACCCAAAUUCAACAACGAAAAUGCAGCUCCGCUCCACCCCAACUUUCAGAUCAGUGACACCAAAUUCUUACGCUCAAACUCAGUCACCCAAAAGCCAUUACCGGAACUCGAAAAUUCCCCUCCAACAGAACUCACCACAUCAGAUAUCCGGCCACAGCCCCCUGAACUUCCCGAACCGCCGGUCAAAGUUGUAGUAAGGAUUAGACCUGGACAUGAUCCCACAAUUGGAGGUCGGAUAGUUGCGAACGCUUCUAAGGGUUCAGUGUCCGUUGGUGAUAGAGAGUUCACUUUUGAUUCAAUAUUAGGCUCGAGUUCCACUCAGGAGGAUGCAUUUCAAUUGGUUGGUGUUCCUCUGGUGAAGGAUGCAUUAGCAGGUUACAACACAUCACUCUUGGCUUAUGGACAGACUGGUAGUGGAAAGACCUACACGAUGUGGGGACCUCCAAGUGCUAUGGUUGAGGCUCCAUCGGCCAAUUGUCUGCAGGGUGUUGUUCCUCGCAUUUUCCAGAUGCUCUUCUCUAAUAUUCAACAUGAACAAGAGACCUCUGGAGAUAAACAGAGAACUUACCAGUGCCGCUGUUCAUUCCUUGAGAUUUUCGAUGAACAUAUUGGAGAUUUACUGGAUCCUUCCCAGAGGAAUUUGAAGAUAAAGGAUGAUGCCAAGUAUGGAUUUUAUGUUGAGAAUUUGAUGGAGGAAUAUGUAAGCACUUACGAGGAUGUCACACGGCUCUUGAUUAAGGGACUUUCAAGUAGAAAGGUUGGAGCAACAAGCAUAAAUUUGAAAAGUUCAAGGUCCCAUAUUGUGUUUACAUGCAUCAUUGAGUCAUGGUGUAAGGAAAAUGCGUCAACGUGCUUUGGUAGUUUGAAGACAAGCAGAAUUACUCUUGUUGAUCUUGCUGGGUUUGAGAGAAACAUACUUGAAGAUGCUGAUAUACAGUGUGUUAAGGAAGGAAAAUAUGUGAACAAGUCCACAUCACAGCUGGGACAUGUGGUUAAUAUCCUCGCUGAAAAUGGUGGUUCCAGGAUCCUUGAAAAUGUGCCCUACAACAGUUCCUGUUUAACCCAUUUAUUGAGAGAAUCACUUGGAGGGAAUGCCAAACUCUCUGUCAUAUGCACUGUCUCUCAGGAUGACAAGCAUAUGAGUGACACAAUAAGCACACUCAGGUUUGGAAAACUGGUUAAACUAAUGCAGAAUGAUUCAGUAAUCAAUGAAAUCUCAGAAGAUGAUGUUAAUGAUUUGAGCGAUCAGAUUCGUCUGCUGAAGGAAGAACUAAUAAGAGCAAAAACAAAUGUUAAUGUGUUUGGAAGCAAUGAUGGCUACCUCAAAGGACAAAGCGCGCGAGAAAGCUUAAAUCAGUUGAGAGUGAGCCUUAACCGCUCACUGAUGUUACCCCAUAAUGUUAAUGAUUUUGAAGAUGAUAUUCACUUCAGUGAGGAUGACAUAAAAGAACUAGCAAUCCAAAUUAGUGAUGUUCAGAAUUCAUAUGAGAACGCAAUCCAAAUUAGUGAUGUUCAGAAUUCAUAUGAGAACUCAAAAGAAACUUUUGAGAGCAAAGACUGCAGCAAAUAUUCCUCAGCUGAAGGCUGUGAAGCAGAAUGUUAUAUGAGCUGUUCAGAAAGCGAAAACGAAGAAAUUAGCUCUGUUCGUCGUACCCGGACAGUGCUACAUCCAGGUAGCAUUUCAAUCAAUACAGACCACCAGUGCCCUGCUCUCCAAAAUCCUGAGUUGUCUGAGUCUCCAAAGUUUCAAAAUACCACAAGGAAAAAUCUAAUUCUAUCGUCAAAUCCCUCAUCAAGUGGGAAUGCUGUGCAACAUAUAAUUAAAAGUUCUGGGUUCCCACAAACCGAACAACAGGAAGAAAAUAAGGCCCACCCUCAAUCGAGGUCAAGCAGAAUAUUUCCUGGGCCAGCUGAGUCCUUGGCUGCUAGCCUUCAUAGAGGUUUACAGAUAAUUGACCAUUACCAUCAAAAUUCUGUAUCAACAAGAUCGUCGAUCUCCUCCUUCUCAUUUGACCAUUUUGCACUGAGACCAUGCAUGUCUACUAGCAAAGUCAAAACACUUACUCAAGAAUCAUUAGAAGGGGAGCAAUUUUCUGAUGCUGUAUCUGUGUCUUUACUCUGUUCAAAUUGUCAGCAGAAGGAGAGUAAACCCUCUAAUGAAGUCCAGGAUAGGUUAAAUACAAGGAUAGCACUAGUGGAUGAAUCUAGUGCUACUGAACAUGCAGAUCAAGAGCCUAAGCAGGAUUUUGAGAAAGAUUUACUACAAGCUCUGGAGAGAGAGAAGAAGCUUGAAAUUGUUUGUAAGGAUCAAACAGAGAAGAUUGCACAGCUAAAUCAAAUGCUAUCGAAGUACAAAUGUGAUAAGGACAGUCAUUCAAUAAAUGACAAAGAAAAGCUUGUAAGUUGGAAUGGCUGUGAAGGUAAUGGACAAGAUUUCAUAAACGAGAAGUGUGACAAUAAAGAAGUCCAGGGAGUGGAGAACCAUAACGAUGGUGGCAACAAACGCUUCGAUAUGCUUGAGAAGGAAGCACUUCUAAAAGAAAUUGAAGAUCUGAGGAGCAAACUGCAGUCAAAUCCAGAUGCAUAUAUGAAUAAAUCAGUUGACAAAGUUCAAUCCUCAUUGUUGCAGUCAAUUCAGGAAAGAAAGAGUGGCAUAUAUGCUAAAGUUCUAAACGAAGAAGAACUUGAGAAGGAAAGAGAAAGAUGGAUAGAAUUGGAGAGUGAUUGGAUUUCUCUAACAGAUGAACUUAGAAUUGAUCUUGAGUCCAACCGCCACAGAGCAGAGAAGGUAGAGAUGGAACUAAAACUGCAGAAGAAGUGCACAGAGGAGUUGGAUGAUGCACUUAAAAGAGCUGUCCUUGGUAAUGCUAAAAUGGUUGAGCACUAUGCUGAACUGCAGGAGAAGCACAACGACUUGAUUGAAAGACACCGUUUGAUGGUGGAGGGGAUACAAGAUAUUAAAAAGGCUGCCGCAAAAGCAGGAACUAAAGGUUGUGGUGCUCGUUUUGCCAAGUCUCUUGCAUCUGAGCUCUCUGCUUUAAGGGUAGAAAGAGAGAGGGAGAGGGGCCUGCUUAAAAAGGAGAACAGAAGUCUUAAAGCUCAACUUAGAGACACUGCAGAAGCAGUUCAUGCUGCAGGGGAACUUCUCGUCAGAUUGAGAGAAUCACAGGAAACAGUUUAUUUUGCAGAGGAAAAACUCGCAAAAGCCCAGGAAGAGAAUGACAAGCUGAGGAAGCAGUUAGAGAAGCUAAAGAGCAAACACAAGAUGGAGAUCAAUACGAUGAAACAUUACCUUGCUGAGAGUAGGUUGCCAGAAGCUGCAUUACGGGCACUAAAUCGGAAAGAAUAUGAUGUAACACAAAGUCAUACUGCUUCACAUUCUUCAGGUUAUGAUGAUCAACCAUGGAGAGCAGAAUUUGGUGCCAUAUAUCAAGACCAACAUUAUUGAGUCAACUGGAUCACUGACUCAACUUAGCAGUAUUACCCUUCAAAGAAACUGCACUGGAGAUUCUACUCAGAACUUGUAGAAACAUACUCAAUAUAAUUAGACCAUUUCCUCUUCUUUUUUCUAUUAUGCUACUCAUAUAUAUAUAUACCAUGACUUUGAUGAUCAUAUUUUAUGCACAAGCAUCAAACUCCACCUCAA